GAUGAUUCUGUAAUAGAAUUCUAAACUAGCAUUGUUCAGAAAUAUACACAUCUAAAGAGCAUCCGCAUCAGGAUCUCUAUAUUUUGGACCAAAUUAUAUCUUAAAAAGUCUCUUUAUUACUUUAGCUACUCACUUUAAAAAUGUCUCCUGCAUCAGACUCUCUAUAUCAAAAAUAUCCCAUUAAAAAUAUUGUUUCUUUAUUCCUAAAAAAAAAAAACUGCAAAACUUAACCCAUCUUUUUCUGUCUCUAACUUUACUGCCCGCUCUCUCUCUCUAUAACUUUACUCUCUUCCCCUGAUAUUCACUAAACUCGACACUUCACCAGCAAUUAGCAAACCAAACCACUUCAUCAAGCUCCUCUUCGUUGAUCAACCCCCAAGCCCCUCUCUGCCGAUCAACCCCCAGCCACCGUGGUUGCCUUUCAAGAAGAACCCUCUGUCAUUGUCUUCGGAGCCCCAGAACUGACCCGACCCACUGGUAUUCUCAAGGUUCGCCAGCGCUCCGGCAGUUCCUCGGCCUCUCGCACCGACGUCGUCAAUAAGAUCUAGGAUUACAUCAAGCUCUCCCACCAUACGACUGGAAGCUUAAUAAUUAUGGAGUAUAAAACUUGGGCGUAAAGUGGAAGCUCAUGACUAAUCUGUGGUCCAUGAAUGAAUUAUUAUUUGAUGGGACCCUUUUAGUAUCAAAGUGGAAGGCUCAUGACAAGCCUUUCCCCACUGGUUUUUUGUUUUUUUCUUUCUCUUUCUUUUAGGUUAAAUUUCACUGACCUCCCCUGAGAUUUCUGACACAAACAGAUAUCUCCCUUGAGGUUUCUGAAAUAACACUGCCCUCCCCUGUUGUUAAAAAAAAUUACUUGCAACAGUAAUUCAUGUAUUUUCUAACCACUUGGGUAGAGCACAUCAAAAGUAACUCUUUUCUCUAACAUUUGUAGUGUUUUUUCACGUCAAAAGUAAAUACUCGCUCCGUCCCAUAAUGUUUGUCCGGUCCGCAAAACGGAAACGUAAAAAUAAUACAAUUUUUGCAAGAAAAGUUUACAAAAUUCAACAACUUACUAGAUAUAGAUGAGUUUUUUUUAACUUAUGAAAAAAGUUUUAUUUUUUCUUGAAAGAAAUGCAAUAUUUUUUGUUCUCGUUUUGCGGACUGGACAAAUAUUAUGGGGCGGAGGGGGUAACAUUAAAAUUGAACCAAAUUUAGUUAAAGUUCAAUGCAAGUUUUGGUGUACUAUAAUCCUUGUAGGGCGCUCCGCCUUAUAGGAUCCUCAGGUCUGUGAUUGACAUGUUCUAAAAUUAAAAAAAAAACUCCAUACAAUUAUAAAAAGUAAAAAAAUGCAAUCAAUUUUAAAAAAAAAUCACGAAGUCUAGGAUAUUAUGAGUUUCAUUGUAUCGGUAAAUUAUUUUGAUAGAAAAAACAAGUUGAAAGAACACUGAGUUUCAUUUUGAUAAAAAAAAAAAAAAAAACUUUAAAAAAAACACACAUGAACCAAAAUUAGAAAAAGUUAGAAAAGACAAAAAAAUUCUGCCUAUUUGGAAUAUUUUGUCAUUAAUGAACCAAUCAUCCGGAAAAAAAAUUGCACAGAAUUAACGAGGGCAUUUUUUUCAAUGGAGAUAUAAAAAUAAUUGAAAAAAGAUUAUUAAGCCAAACCAUGCCUUAGUGAAUGGGCUAGUUGUGUUGAGAUUAAGAGGCGAAAAAAUCAUUGUGGUAUUAGGUGGGUGGUGGCAUAAGAGCAACAAAAAGAUUGAAAAAAAUUAAAUCACAACAAAUGGAGUGCCUUCAUGCCUUUUUGUAAACAAUGAUAAAAUAAAUCCCCGAGCACAAACUAUCUUUGCAUUUUUUUGUUUAAAAAUGAAAUUGGGAAAAAAAUGAAGGAAACAAAUUUAUUAUAAUCAUCAAAAGCAAAAUCCUCUAAUGCCCAAACAAACCAAAUAAUGCAAUAGUUUUUGCUGCAUGAUUUUGGCUUUAAUAGAAACUUGAUUCACUCUUCUUCUUUUUUAAUUUCAUUGAUCAUUUUGUUUGAGAAAAAUAGAAAAAACAAAAACAUUUGUAAAAAAAUAAUGAUAAUAACAAUAACAGUAGUAGUAGUAGUAGGCUCCGUUCCAGAAACCUUCUUACAAAAUAAGUACUUAUUUUGAAACUUCUCAAAGAAAAAUAAGAAGGAUUGUUCCACAAAACCUAAAUAAGCAGUUUAUUUCACAUUUUCAAACUCAAAAAUAACGAAAAUGAAAAAUAAUUUUUCAAUUUUUUUUGCACCGUAUUAAAGAUCUCAAUGAGAUCUAUCAAAUAAGAUCCAUAUUGAUAGGAAAAUUAUUUGCGUAAGCACAUAAUUUUUGAACUUGAAAUUAUCUUCUUAAAAAAUAAGUAAUUGUUCACCCUUUUGUGGAACAACCCUUCUUAUUAGACAAAAAAUAAGAACUUAAACCCGUUCUAGAACGGGGCCGUAGUAAUACUAAUAAUACGCCUAAUGCUUUUCAAGUGGAUUCAUUUCACAAAAUGAAAGAGAUGAGGUGUAAUUCCAAGAAUCAAGUUUGUGCAAUCUAUUUACUUUAAGGGUAUUUUCAUAUUUUGGUACUUUUCUCGCAAAUCUUAACGCCAUCCAUGACAAAUUAACAGCAAGGGGGUCUGUUGACAAUGUCAGUUAAAGAAAGGAGGGCAGUGUUAUUUUAGAAACCUUAGGGGAGGCAUCUGUUUAUAUCAGAAACCUCAAGGGAGGUCAGUGAAAUUUACCCUUUCUUUUAUUACUCCCACUGACUCUUGUCUCCCACCCAAUAAUAUAGUAUAUUGUUUUUACAUCAGAGGUUGGUAUGGUACCACUUGCGUGCAACUUAAUUUGAAGUAAUGAUCACUUGCUUGUAGCCUUGUGCAUUUUGAAGCAGGAGGCCAGGGAAACAGAGAGCAGAAUGGGAAGGGGAGAACUCCAGCUGAAGCAAGCCUAAACCUAAAGAGAAGGGAAGAAAUUAGCAGUACUGCUCCAAGACACGAGCUAGCUAGCAGAGGCCUACCCUUUAUAUUCCAAUACCUUUUUAUCUUGUUGGGGGAGAAGAGAAUAAAAGAUGAAUAUUGAAGAAGGGAAGGAGAGAGGAGUAACCAGUACUGGCAAUCCCCCUCAACCAGGAGUUGCAGACUAUCCUCCGCAGCAGGCGAUCGGUUCGUUCCAAGGAGUUGCAGACUAUCCUCCAAAGCCGGUGGUCGGAUUCCCUCAACCGGGUCCGCCGCCUGUCGGUACCUAUUCCUCUGCUCCUCCGCCACCACCUCAGUUCUAUGCCGACGGAAAUCAGGCCGGCCCAGGCCCAGGAUAUCCAGUUUCUGAAGCAGCACCAGCUGCAAGGGAACCUGACCGCCUUUUUUGCUGGGGUUUGGGUGUUGGCUGGUUAUUGUUCAUCCUUGGUUUCAUCUUUGGUGUUAUUCCCUGGUAUGUUGGAGCAAUCAUGCUACUCUGUGUCAAAAAAAAGGACUACAAAAGAGAGAAACCUGGAUACAUCGCUUGCGCAAUUUUUGCUGUCAUUGGUACAGUUCUGAUCGUUGUCGAAGUGACGACAAAGUAUGCAUAGGGAAGACCUUGAUUGCAUUUUUACUGUGCAUUGCGAAGUUUCUCGGCUGAUCUCGUCUAUGGUUGAGCAGCUUCUUUCUAUUGGAGAGAGAGAGAGAGUAAUCAGUAGAGAGGAAACUUAUGAAGAAACCGUGUUAUUAGAGAGAGGUUGGUUAAGAAUCCCAAGUGAACAAGUUGAUUCAGUUUCAGCUUAAAUUUGUGAGUUUAUUGAAUCGUUUAUACAAAGUUGCAUAAUGAUUUAAGCUUAUUGUCCACAUUCAACA